ACGUCACGCUGCUAGUGCAUGUGCGCGUGCACUGAGGCGGAGUGGAGAGUAGUGAUGUCGGAGGAGGUUGGGAGGAAAGUGCAGGCGGUGGUGGACCGGGUGAAUCAAGCGGUUUCCCGGCGCCCGAAGACGUUACCAUGUAUAGCCCCUCGUCUGGUAGCGGUUAGUAAGACUAAACCACCAGAGAUGGUGGUGGAGGCUUACAAACAUGGACAACGAAACUUUGGAGAGAAUUAUGUAAAUGAACUUGUUGAGAAAGCUUCCCAUCCCCUGGUUGUCUCAUCAUGUCCUGAAAUUAAAUGGCAUUUCAUCGGUCAUCUGCAAAAGAAUAAUGUCAACAAACUGUUGGGUGUCCCAAACCUGUAUAUGGUAGAGACGAUAGACUCUGUGAAACUGGCUGAAAGAGUCAACAGCUCUUGGCAAAAAAUGAGAGCCGCAAACACACAGCGGUUAAAGAUUAUGGUUCAGAUCAACACCAGCGGAGAGCAAAGUAAACAUGGCCUGCCUCCCGAUGAGACUGUAAACCUGGUAAAACACAUUGUGUCUCAGUGUCCUGCUCUUGACUUCGCCGGGCUCAUGACGAUUGGCCGUUACGGUUACGACCUCAGCGAAGGCCCCAACCCCGAUUUCCAGAUGCUGGUGGAACGUCGUGAGGAAGUCUGUGAAAGUCUGCAGAUCCCAGUAGAGCAGGUUGAGCUCAGUAUGGGCAUGUCUACUGACUUUGAACAUGCGAUCGAGGUUGGCUCUACAAAUGUGCGUGUCGGCAGCACUAUUUUCGGCACCCGAGAAUACCCCAACACCCCUAGUCCCAGUCCGGAGAGAAAGCCAAAGGUCGUCUGUGAGGAAGCAGCCAGAAAACUGGACCGGCUCACGGUCACAAAGCAAUGAAUGAUGGGGGAAAAGGUUACUGAGCUAAAUGUGGGACCUCUUGGGUUUCUUCCCAAUGACUGGGCUCACCAUUCACCAGUCAAGGGCCUUUAAUAUGUCGUAACUAACACUGCUGACCUGGUCUUCUGUGGCUAAAGAACUAGAAAGAAGUGUGAUUUAAUAACUGGAUUACUACAUUUACUUCCUGAAGGUGUUUUUAUUGUCGAAAGCUCUCCAGAAGUGUCCUCCAGCCAUCUGUAAAUUAUUUAAGCUUGGUUUUGCGAUCAUUUUUAUAACAGAUACAGGGUCAGCACAUGCUCAGUUUGGUAGAUGUGAGGUAUAAUUUGUCUUUUCCGUUAGAUUAGAUGUUAGUAACCCAUUUUAGCAUCUAAUUAAAACAAUAGGAUGUAUUAUUUUUUCUAGCUUUCUAGAAGUGUGUAGGUGUAGUUUAUAGUGUGUUUUGUUCACAAUCAUAAAUGUAAAUGAUAUAAAUAGCACAUUUAUAGUAUUGCUUCAGUAUCUACCUGUUGCAGUGAAAACUGUGUCAGGACUGAUGUGUGUGUGUGUGUGUGUGGUGUUGUCAUCAAUUCCUGUAGGAUUUCAUAUCGCCCAAAACACUGGCGUUGAAUUUAGCAUUGAUCAACAGUCACACUGGUUUCAGUACAGAACACAGAAAUAAAGGUGCUAUUAAUACAGAGAGGAGCAUUUACAUGGCAUUUUGGAGACACUGAGGGUCUGAGGCCUUUUACAAUGCGAGAGAGAGAUUAUCCUGAUUCUUGGAAGCUUGUUUAGAGGCAAUCACAUCAUAUUUUUAUUUUAAAAAAUUUUGAUUAAUACAGUAUUGUGUCAAACUAAUAAGUUUACGGUUUGUGGUAGGUUGUGAAAAGCCAAAACUGAAAUUAACAUCUUUUUUUUUUCAAUCUGUGUGUCAAAUAGCAUCUUGUAACUUAGCAGUAGAUAAUUAAAUAUAAAUAUAGAUAUAUUUAACUAUUGAUAUAUAAAUAUAGAUAGUACAUAAAUAUUUAAUUGAUUUAGGUGAGUGGAGCAAUAAAACACUAGAAAAAUAAAUGGUUUGUGUGGCAUGUAUAAAUGCAGUGGUCAACUUUAGUAUUUCAUAUAUAUUUUAAUUAAUAUAUAAUUAAUUUAAUUUGCAUUUUCAUUCAGUCCAAUGCGAAAAGGAAAAGACCAACAAGUGGGCGGGGCAAUAUGCUAGCGUUUGAUUUUGACGACAACGUGAAACGGCUUAGGAUUCGUUUUAAAAACGACUCGUUUCAUUAAUUCAGAGUCGAUUCUUUCUGUUGAGAGACAUUAAACUUUAUACACGGUGCACUUUCAGAUUUAUAACUUCGCAGGAUUUUUUCAUUUAUUUAGAGCUGUGUUACACAUUGCAUGAAAGGUAAAUUUCAGGAAUCCAUAUUGGGGUACUUCAAUAAUUUCGUAGAAACAGAUUUUUAUUUUAUUUUCAUGAAUUGAGUUUAAAAGAA